AUGUCUUCAGAGCACUCAUCCGGACCCACUGAGAAUGAGGAACCAAGGAGAACACCUGGCUUGAAAAGAAUUAUGUUCUUCACAAGCAGUGAGUACGGCCAAGCAAAUGUCAUUUUGGCAGUAGCAUAUGAGCUUCUACUUCGACGGAAAUACGAUAUUCAUAUCGUGUCCUUUGAACCUCUAAAGAACCGGAUCAGGGAACUCAACAAGAUGACCUCCUCAGAAGAUCCUGAUCCUGCCAGAUUUCACGCUGUGCCAAUUAUAUCACCUAUGGAAGCAGUUAGGAGACAAGGAAACAUUGGACCUUAUCCUGCUGGUGUGCGCGGAGCUUUGAAAACUUAUCGUACUACUUUACCAGCAAUUGCAACCGCAUGGGAUGGAUCUGAAUAUAUGGCUGGAUAUGAAUGGUGCUUGGAAAGAAUCCACUCCAUAAAUCCUAAUAUCAUUGUUAUCGAUCCAUUAUUCAGUAUAGGACUAGAGGCCUGUAAGACAGCUAUACGAAACUACGUCGUCCUAAGUCCCAACACUUUUCAGGAUAUUCUCCGAAAACAGCAACCAUUCUUUCGUCAGUUAUGCAGAUAUCCAGCCGUCUCAUCUGGCUUCCCAUAUCCGGUUCCGUGGUCUCUCGUACCUGCCAAUAUUUAUCUCAAGAUAAGCAUCGUAUUCGUUCUCCUCACCUCGCCGAAAAUGAAAGAAUUGAUGAGAUUUCGGAAAUCUCAGAAUCUGCCAGCGCUCCCACCAGUAUUCAAUACCUGGCAAAUGGAAAACCAUUAUCUGGUACCGUCUAUUCCCGAAACAGACUUCCCAUGUCAAAUCAAGGACAAUGUAUAUCCUUGUGGUCCGAUUCUGCUCCCAGUUCCAUCCGUAGCUGAAGCAGAUGCUGAAUUAGAAGCAUGGCUCGGGCGAAACCCAACGGUUCUGAUAAAUCUUGGAUCACACAUCAGAAUGGACAACGAGAUGAUCAAGGAAUUUGCCGUUGCAUUAAAAGUCCUCCUCGACCGUCAUCAGGAUAUUCAGAUUCUCUGGAAACUCAAAACAUCAGGCGGAUUGUCACUUCCAUCGACCAAAAACGAAGACAAACGCCAGAACGACUCCGCAAUAAAACCAAAAAAGGAAAGCUAUACUGAUACAUUCGAUCCCACUUCCCUCGACGCAGUAAGCACCGAGAUACAAGCCAGCCGCGUAAACAUCACGGAAUGGAUGUCCGUCGAUCCCCUAGCAGUACUCCAAUCCGGCCAUAUAAUCUGCUCAGUCCAUCAUGGUGGCUCGAAUUCAUUUCAUGAAGCUCUCAGCGUCGGUAUCCCCCAAAUCAUCCUCCCCUGCUGGCUUGACACCUUCGAAUUCGCCAACCGAGUCGAAUACCUCGGCAUCGGCGUCUACGGCAGUCGAACCGCUGCUCCACGAGUCGACGCGUGGGAGUUUUCACGGGCGCUGAUGAGGGUUCUUGGAGAGGGAGAGGAGGGUGAAGACAUGAGAAGGAGAGCGAAGGAACUUGCGACGCUGUGUGGAGGUUAUGGGGGACGGAAAAGGGCUGCGGAGAGGGUGGUGGAGAUUUUGGAGGGUUUGUGA